GUGUUGGCAGGGCCUGGGUAGAUAGGCAAGGUCGGGUUUAUGGGUGGGUCUUAGCGUGAGCGAUGUGUGUAUGCGUGGCCUCUGGUGAAGGGAUAGAUUGGGGGUGAACUUGUCCGAAUUGACCGUGGGUGGAGUGCAAUGUGACAACUGGAAGUGAUGUCACCUUCGUGGGCAGGGCUUCUUGCCUCAUGCCACAGACCGCCCAGUGGGGCGGGACUUCUAGCAUUUCAGGAUUGUGAUAGGGUCAGGUGUCAAUGGGUGGAGCUGCUAUCCCUGGAAGUGAAUGCCAGGCCCGAACACUAGGAGUCAGACAGGACUGAUGAUGUCAUUUGACGUCACAGGAGACAGAAGUGGUCAAUAACCCCACCCUGAGGACAACAGGAAAUGAUGCAGGUGGGAGGGGACAGGAAAGGUCAGAGGUUAGAGUGGUAGCGCCCAGGGCUGACAUCUUUUAUCCCUGGACACAGAAGUAACGUCACCUGGCUAGCCGGCCUGAUCCGGAUCAGCAGCUGACACCCACUCCAGCCCCAGUUUAAAGGAUUUAGAUUUGCCCCAGGGCCAGGGCAGUUGUGCCUGAGGCUAGGAUAGGCAAGAUGGCACCGGGCGGGGAGGGCGAGCGUGACCGCGACUUCCAAGUCCUUAUGAGCCUCGCCCACGGCUUCAUGGUCUCCCAGGUGCUGUUUGCUGCCCUGGAUCUGGGCAUCUUCGACCUUGCGGCCCAAGGCCCGGUGGCGGCGGAGGCGGUGGCACAGACUGGGGGGUGGAGUCCGCGGGGAACGCAGCUGCUAAUGGACGCCUGCACCAGGCUGGGGCUACUAAGAGGGGCCGGGGACGGCUCCUACACCAACUCUGAGCUGUCAUCCACAUUCCUGGUGAGCGGAAGCCCCCAGUCUCAACGCUGCAUGCUGCUCUACCUGGCGGGCACAACAUACGGCUGCUGGGCCCACCUGGCUGCCGGGGUCAGGGAAGGGCGGAACCAGUACUCCAGGGCCGUGGGCAUCUCCGCUGAGGAUCCCUUUGCGGCCAUCUACAGGUCAGAGCCUGAGCGCCUGCUGUUCAUGAGGGGCCUGCAGGAGACAUGGAGUCUAUGCGGGGAACGGGUCCUCACAGCCUUUGACCUCUCACGCUUCCGGGUCAUCUGUGACCUCGGCGGCGGGUCUGGGGCGCUGGCACAGGAGGCCGCCCGCCUCUAUCCCGGUAGCUCUGUGUGUGUCUUUGAUCUCCCUGAUGUCAUCGCCGCUGCCCGCACCCACUUCCUGUCCCCAGGGGCAAGACCCAGGGUGAGGUUUGUCGCCGGUGACUUCUUCCGGUCCCGCCUCCCCCGCGCUGACCUCUUCAUUCUUGCCCGGGUCCUGCAUGACUGGGCUGAUGGCGCCUGCGUGGAGUUGCUGGGGCGGUUGCACAGGGCCUGCAGGCCAGGUGGUGCACUGCUGCUGGUGGAGGCAGUGCUGGCCAAGGGCGGGGCUGGGCCACUGCGGUCGCUCCUGCUGUCACUCAACAUGAUGCUGCAGGCUGAGGGGUGGGAGCGCCAGGCCAGCGACUACCGCAACCUGGCCACUCGUGCAGGCUUCCCCCGCCUACAGCUGCGGCGCCCUGGUGGGCCAUACCAUGCCAUGCUGGCCCGGCGGGGACCCCACCCUGGGAUCAUCACAGGAGUGGGAAGUGACACUUCGGGGACAGGAAGUUUUGUCACAGGUAUAAGACGUGAUGUCCCUGGGGCAAGAAGUGAUGCUGCAGGGACAGGAAGUGGCACUGGAAACACAGGAAGUGGCAUCAUGCUACAAGGAGAGACGUUGGAAUCAGAGGUCAGCGCCCCACGAGCAGGAAGUGACGUUGGCGGGGCAGGAAAUGAACCCAGAAGUGGCACCCUCAAGCAAGGAGACUGGAAGUGACUGGGGACUGAGGGCAGGGAAUCCUGGGCAAGAAAUGAUGUCCCGGAUGGGAAUGGAGUAGUUUUGGCCAGGAAGUGAC